ACAUAAAUUAAUCAAAAAAAGACAUACAUCUCCAUUGUAAACUGGCAUUUCCAGAGCUAUAAAGGACGCUGUGAGUGAAUUUGAAUGUUCCUCUUUUACCUUUUGACCUGUAAUUAGUUUUGAGUUGUGGAAUGUGCUGUUGGAAUUACGUAAGCAAGUUAUGGUUAGUCUCAACACAAGCAAUACAAUGACACAUGAUGAUGCACUGCGUGUCAAACCUGGUCAUCGAGUGGAAAGCUGUGGCUAUUAUGGUACUAUAUGUUACAUUGGAGAAGUACCACCUACAAAAGGAAUUUGGUUGGGUGUAGACUGGGAUGAUCCUACACGUGGGAAGCACAAUGGAACACAUGAAGCAAAGAAAUAUUUCACUACGAGGCAUUCGACAUCAGGAUCAUUUGUUCGAUUGGAGAAGGUGAAUUUAGGCAGGUCUUUCCGAGCUGCUAUUAGGAAUCGUUACGGAGAAGUGAAGAAUGAUGACACUGCAGGAAUCGACAAGGAAAAUUUGGCACAUCUGCAGCGUGGGAUAAAGGCACGUUUCAUAGAAGUUGUUGGGUUCGACAAAGUUAACAAGCAACAGAGCCAGUUUGAAGAACUUCGGGUGAUCUGUUUACGAGGGCAAAAUGUCAAUGGACCAGGUGAAGAGGGAGAACUUCUACAAGUUUGCCCAAAUAUUCAGGAAUUAGAUUUAUCACAGAAUCUUCUUCAUAGUUGGCAGUGUCUUGCGAGAAUUGCUAAUCAGUUGAGGCAUCUUAGAGUCCUUAAUGUCAGUGAAAACCAGUUGCAGAUUCCUCCUCAACCAGUGGAGUACCAGGGUUCAUUCCAAUCACUAGAACAUGUUAUCAUGGGCAGAAUGGAAUAUGUUUGGUCUCAAAUAUUAGAUUGUGCUACCAUGUGGCCAUUUGUAGAAAAACUGCAGGUUCCUUUCAAUAAUAUCACAACUCUUGACGCUCCUCCAGAAGGAAUUUUGCAUCACUUAAAGUCUCUUGAUUUAGAAGGAAAUUUAAUUAAUGACUGGCGAGAAAUAAAUAAACUUGGACAGCUACCAUGUUUGGAGUAUUUGAAUGCAUCUGAUGUUGGUGUGAAAGAAGUUUAUUUUCCUGUCUGCGAGACUGAACAGAAAACAAGAUUGUUUCCUGCGCUGAAGCAACUCAAUCUUUCAAGAAAUAAUAUUGACAGCUUGGAGUCCAUGAAUGAGCUAAAUAAGUUGCUUCUGCUGGAAGAACUGAGGUUCCAUCAGAAUCCUGUGCUCCAAGACAAAAGUGCAGAGACAUCGAGACAACUUAUAAUAGCAAGAAUUGGUAAUCUGAAGAAUUUGAAUGGAGCUCCGGUUACCACUGAUGAACGUAAGGGAGCUGAAAUUGAUUAUUUAAAGAAGCACAGUGAAGUAUGGCUAAGAGAGGCCAAACUAUCAGAUGUCACGAUCCAUAAACCGAUCUUGGACAAGUUUAUUCAAACCCAUCCUCGGUAUCCUCUGCUUGUUGAUAAGUAUGGCGCUCCAGGUGAAGAAUACACGGCCCGAAAAUUUAGCACAAAUCUGAUAACUGUUGAAAUUUUUAGUCCAGACCAUGGAGGUAGAUCAUAUACAAAGAAAUUACCACAGUCCAUGCAGGUCCAGACGUUGAUUGGCAUGUCCCAGAGGCUAUUUGACACAACGACUGUAAUCCCAAAACUAGCAUAUAUCAGCUCAAAGUAUCCUGAUAUUGAGUUUCCAUUAGAUAAUAAUCUGAAGGAACUCUCCUUUUUUUCCAUUGAAGAUGGAGACAGUAUCACUGUACGUUGGUAAUGCUCGAGCGAACUUUGCCUGCCUGCAAGUUAUUUUUUUAUGUCUGUGAAAAUGUAACGUACAUAAAAAUUGAAACUUCUCUUUACUUAGAACAUUAAAAUUUGUUAUCUGGAUUAAAGAAACUGGUGGAAUGUUUUCUGUUUGGGAAGCAUCACACUGACUUAUGAUUUUAGAAGACUUUGGGCUACCGCACACGUAAGACUUAACCGUUGGCUGACUGUUCUGUCGUUGUAGGCUGAAGCAUACGACCCAUAAACGACACGACAGUUCAGUCCAUGAGCACGCGUAUAUGUACGACUAAACAGUCGUUCUCUUGUGCUCUUUUGUUCCACAUUCUUUUCUCUAUGCUCGCCGAGUACAGAAGUCAGGAAUGUUGCUCUUUAUGACAAAAAAUUUAAAGAUUAUGCAAACAUCAAUGUUAAUAGGUUAUACUUGGUCUCAGCAAUAAUAGAAGUUCAUCAAAACUUUGUGUACUCAUGCGAAAAUAUGAAAAGAAUUUUGCAGGCUAAUUCCGUAAUGUUUCAUACAUGGUAUAGAAUUUUCCUUUCAACAGUCUCUCACUGUAUAAUGGAUGCACCCAGUAAUUCCUUUUCCUCCUUUUUUUAAGGUGAAUCACAAGUGCACAUACUACAGCAGUUUCGACAAAAUCCAUGUUUGACAAUCGUCUACUGUCUGCAAAUGCUCUCAUGAAAUGAAAGGCAGAACGACUGAAAGGUCGUUCGUCUGCGCGCUUUCAUAUAAUUCGAAGGGCCAACGACAGUUGGUAGACGGAAAAAUUCGGGGUUGUCGGUAGAGGUAACCGACUGCCAGUCGUGUCGUAACAGUAUGCACACUUCUAUAUGUUCUUAAGGGCUUUGUGCGAACGACGAAACAGUUGUCUGACUGCUUGUCUUACGUGUGCGGUAGCCCUUAGAUGUCUUUACAGCUACCAGUCCCUGUUUUAAAGUUGAAGUCACACACUUAAUAAAUUUAUAAUUUGUUUACGCAGUAUUGCUUUUUAUACCAUAUGAAGAUUUUUAAAGUGUUAAUGUAUCAAGUUUCAUCCAUUUAAAAUUAAUACGUAAUUUACAGAAUACUGAAUGUUCAUUAACAAUAAAAUAAACUGUAAUCAUUUGUGUAACAUUGAAAAUGCCAAUAUUUGUUAGCCACAAAAUAAAUAAAGCAAUUAAAACAGAA